AUGGUGAUAUUGAUAGCUCUGACUACUUGGCAGGCUAUGCCACAAGAAAAUGUGAUUCUAAGACUUUAUUCAGCUGGACUACGGACCCUUGACAAGGAAUGCCUUGGGACUGACUUUGACAAGACUCUGCUAAACGUGGCUAUAGCUGCAUUUAUUAUUUCGACGAGAACCCAACGUAAAGUAGAGGUUAAAUGCUUUACCUGCAAUUCUCACAAAUCAGUUGAAGUCACUAACAGACUAGUUGAGGAUGUAAUUUCUAGUCCGGGGAUUUCACCUCCAGAGCUCAAAUAUCUACUUGCUUCAUUUCACGAUAUUGGUAUAGAGUUGUACAAUAUGAAGCAUCUAAAAGAGGCUUCUACGGCGUUCAAAUUGUGUAUCAGAGCAGUGUGGACUUGUGUUAGACUCCUCUUUCAUAUAUAUGUUAAUGAGUCUGACGACCUAACAGAGGGUUCUCUGCCCGGAGAAGCAAUCAUAGAUUUUGUGAGUGACGCAUGUAGCAAAUCUGAAUUUUAUCUGGAUGUUCUCCAGCAGCAACAUGGUACAGGAGAAAUAGAGAACUUGCUUUUUUUUAUUCUAGAAAAUUGGUCUGCAGCUGAAGACAUCUUCAAAAAGUUGCCAGACCCUACGCCCAUAAUCAAACAAUGGGUUAAGAUACAACACAGACAUAAAUUUCAUAAGAGAGAGAGAGUUGGAACGUUCAUGGCUGAUACACGUGAUGGCGAUGCUUGCACUAUGCAGUUCUUGAUAACUGCUCUCGCAAAGAAGAAGCAAAAGACUUGUAGCAAAAUAUAUACUCAGGAAUCUUAAUCGAAUCUAUUCUUCCAGAAUUUUUUUGAUGUUUUCUUUCAUUCUUUGUAAUAGACAUAA